UUCCUCUGGGUUACUGUACCCAAAGCGUCAUGUUUGCAUUGUUUUGCGCUUUAUUCCUGAGAUGGUAGCGGAUUUGGAGAGUUUUAGUGCGGGAUAAAGUUUGACUGAUGUGACUGCGGGUUGAAUGACUGUUAGAGUGCGCAGGUCCAAUAUCAAUAUGAAAAUGGAUUCUUGCUCAAUAUUGCGAACGACACUUGUUGGAUUGUUGCUGCUUGGACUUCUUAGACCAGCAAUGACUGAUGGGGGCUGUUCUUGCAGCGGGAAAUCCCGGUGUGACUGUCAUGGAAUUAAAGGCGAUGCGGGUGCAUCUGGUUUUCCUGGGUUGGAAGGUGUACAAGGAGUUAUAGGGCAUCGAGGAAAAGAAGGCCCUCCUGGAAUCCCUGGUCCAAUAGGAAAUAUGGGAUUUCCAGGCCCACCCGGAAUAAAAGGUUCUAGGGGAAUUCCAGGGGAUGCAGGAUACGUUGGCUCACCAGGCCUUCCUGGGCUCCCUGGGAAAGAGGGGCCAAGGGGGCCUCCGGGUCUCCCAGGAUGCAAUGGCACAAAGGGUGAGUCUGGUUCCCCAGGCAUGGCUGGGUUGAAGGGGUGUCCUGGUCAACAGGGAAAACCUGGCAUCCAAGGACCUAAGGGAGAUACGUUAUAUUUCCCAGCCUCUCAGCAAGUGAAGGGACUUUGUGGGUCUCCAGGCAAAGAAGGAGGGAAAGGUAAGCCUGGGACACUGGGAUUACUGGGACCAGUUGGACCAGAAGGCCCUAUAGGUUCACCAGGAAUACAGGGGAUUGCAGGGUUGCAGGGAGAGAAGGGUAUUGAGGGACGAAGCAUUGGAAAACCUGGGCCCAGAGGUCAGAAGGGGGACAGGGGUCUGCCUGGCAUACCAGGAGACAAAGGUGUCAAGUUAUUUGCAUCGGGAUCAAAGGAGCCUAAGGGUGACCAGGGUGAUCCUGGAGACCCUGGCUGCCUUGGACAAUGUGGUCCUCCUGGCCCUCCUGGUCCUGAGGGGGAGAAAGGGGAAACAGGGGAUCCCGGCUGCCUGGGUAAAAAUGGUUUGGAUGGACUAGAGGGCAAGGUCGGCCGACCGGGUGUGCGUGGAGAUCCUGGAAAUCAAGGAGAUAUUGGGAUAGCUGGGGAAACGGGUUUGAAGGGUGACAUCGGUCCCACUGGUCUCCCUGGAGAGUUUAUUGUAGUAAAUGGGAAUGUUAAAGGUCCAAAAGGUUUUCUCGGGCCAACAGGACGUCAUGGCCUCAGAGGAAGUGAAGGUUUCCUUGGCUUUCCAGGAAAUCCAGGACCACCAGGGACUGCUAAACCUGGACCUCAAGGACAUCCAGGUCCUCCAGGGUUAAGGGGUGUAAAGGGGGAACAAGGAGAACCCGCACCUUACGUCAGUGGACCUAAAGGAUAUGAUGGACCACCAGGAGAACGGGGACCCCUCGGUGACCCUGGACUUCCGGGAACCAAAAAUGUCAUUGCCAAUUUGGGACAAGGAGGGCUUCAGGGUGAGAAAGGCCUUAAAGGCCCUGAGGGUUUCCAUGGAGAUCCUGGAGAACCAGGUAAGAGAGGAGAUCUGUGCAUGGUGUGUGCCAUCAGUGAUGCUGACCCUGGACCUCCUGGACCACGUGGAGAUUCUGGUCAACCUGGACACCCUGGUGUUGUUGGGAAUCAAGGUUUUAAAGGAUCUCAGGGCGAUCAAGGCCCUGAGGGUCAAUCUGGUCCUCAAGGUUCAUUAGGUCCUCAAGGCUUACCAGGGCCCCCAGGAUCCAAUGGAGACAUGGGGUCAGUAAUUGAGACUGGGGAGAAGGGCCAGAAAGGAAACUCUGGUGCAGCAGGACCAUCUGGGAUACAUGGAAGAGAUGGCACACCUGGAAACCCUGGCUAUAAAGGCCCACCAGGAGCCAAAGGAAACCUGGGGCCUCCAGGACCGAAAGGAAACCGUGGAGACCCAGGACUUGAUGGUGGACCUGGUAUCGCAGGUCCAACAGGCAUCCAGGGACCUGUGGCUGUGGGCCAACCUGGCCCAUCUGGAGAAAAAGGAAGUUUGGGAGUCGUGGGCCAACCGGGAAAUCCAGGAGAACGAGGUGAGAAAGGAUCUCCAGGAUUGGUACAGUCAACACCUGGAGACCCGGGAAUGCCUGGACGCCGUGGUACACCUGGUCUACUAGGAUCUCAAGGUAAUACUGGUGACAACGGAUUUCAAGGAUUCCCUGGACUAGCCGGGCUAAAAGGAGUGAAAGGGCUGUCAUUACCGGGAGCUUGUGGACCUACUGGCCCAAAAGGUGAUAAGGGUAUGAAAGGGAGUUCAGGUCCACCUUGUUUAGGAUACACAGGCCGACCUGGCCCACCAGGACUCCCAGGGCUGCCAGGCACAAAGGGUGAUACAGCAUUCGGCAGUCCAGGGCCCAUGGGUCGGCAGGGGCUGCCAGGAGAAGAAGGGACCCUUGGGGAUCCAGGAUACUGUGGCAGUCCUGGACCACGUGGAUGUCCAGGUCAAAAUGGAAGGGAUGGGCCACCAGGAGAACAUGGUGCCCAGGGGUUUGAUGGCUUGCCUGGAGUGGAAGGUCUUCCAGGAUGCUGUACUGCGGGGUACAAAGGUGAUGAAGGCCCCUUAGGACUGUUAGGAGAAGAUGGACACACAGGGCUGAAGGGUCCUAAGGGGCCACAGGGUGAAACUGGACAACCUGGGCAAGGUUUACCUGGUCCGACAGGUGAGGUUGGGAUACCUGGGAGAAAUGGAGAGACAGGUUUUAUUGGUAGCCAGGGACAGAAAGGUUUCAAAGGUCGAGAUGGCUUACCAGGUGUCCCAGGUCAACGGGGACUUCAGGGGAGUCCUGGAAGCUCUGGGCCAUGCGGACCAGAUGGAAAUCCUGGACUUCCUGGACCCCCUGGAUCUAAAGGUUUAAUUGGAAGUAAUGGAGUGCCAGGUAAUAUAGGAAAACAUGGAACACCAGGAGACCGUGGUGCUGUUGGUCCAAAAGGAGAGCCGACAAGCAUGGUGUCUCCAGGGGAUCCUGGUGACUCUGGCUUACCAGGUACUCUUGGUCUCCCUGGUUCUAAAGGCGACUUGGGAAUCGCAGGCAACUAUGGAGCAAGUGGAAAGAAUGGACUUCAGGGUGAUCCUGGUCCACCAGGUCCUCCUGGUGACCCUGGCAGAAAGGGGCUUCCUGGAAAUCUGGGUAUUGAUGGCAGCUGUGGGAAUCCAGGGAUUACUGGGUUUCCGGGCUUGAAAGGUAGCAAGGGUUCGCCAGGUGGUCGUGGGGAGGCUGGGACUCCUGGUUGUCCUGGAUCUGAUGGACCAAAGGGGAUCAAAGGUGAACCCAGCCAGCCUGGGUUCGGGCUUCCAGGAGAACCUGGUGAGCAGGGUGAGCCGGGUGGUCCAGGGAAUAAAGGUGGAAAGGGUGACAAGGGUAUAUUUGGGAAUACUGGUCUCCGAGGUUUACCGGGGCGUCCUGGGGAAAAAGGCGAAAGUGGAGUUUCAGGAGAUUCAGGACCUCCUGGACCUCCUGGUGAUAAUGGUUUAGAUGGUCUUCCGGGUGCACCUGGAUAUCGAGGGCCUUCUGGUUCACCAGGUGUUCCUGGUCCGUGUGGGGAUCCUGGAGCUCCAGGACCCCGUGGAGAUCAAGGAAGGGAUGGUAUUCCUGGGCCAGUUGGAACAAAAGGAGAUAGAGGCCCCACUGUCAAUGGGAAUCCUGGGCCACCUGGUUACAUGGGUGAGAAAGGUAAUAAAGGGGAUCCCGGACCUCAAGGAUUAUGUGGGUCACCAGGACCCUGUGGGCCGGUUGGAGAUCUUGGUCCCCCUGGUCUGCCUGGAGAUCCGGGGCACCGUGGAUGUAAAGGUUUAGCUGGAAUCUGCAUUCCUGGUCCAAAAGGGGAUAGAGGACCAAUGGGACCACCUGGUCGAUACGGUUUCAAGGGAACACGUGGGCCCCCCGGUCCACCUGGUCCAGGAAUGAAGGGAGAUAAAGGGGUCUUUGGGCCACUGGGCCACAGAGGACUGCCUGGGUGCAUUGGUGAGCGGGGGUUUCUUGGAACACCAGGUAGAGAUGGACGUCCUGGCUAUAGGGGUGUGAAAGGAGAAAUGGGGCCUUUGGGUUGCAUGGGGCCACAUGGUCAACAAGGAAAUUGUGGACCAACUGGCCCUCCUGGGUCAAAAGGUUGUAGAGGAUCUCCUGGAUCUAAAGGUCCUAAAGGUUGUGAUGUGGUGCCUGAGGUCAUCCGAAUUCCAGGAGACCCUGGUUUAUCUGGCCUAGUCGGUGAGAAAGGAACACAAGGAAUAGUUGGACCUCAAGGAUUACAUGGUCCUCCGGGAACACAAGGGAGUAGGGGAGACACAGGCCUGGUUGGUUUUCCUGGACGGCCUGGAAACCCUGGCCCGAGGGGAGACUUUGGUCCACCAGGACAGGAAGGUGCUCCUGGGUUGUCUGGCGAAGUGGGACGCAAAGGUGCGGUUGGUCCCCAGGGACCAAUGGCAAACGUCAUAAACGAUGGGUUUCUUUUUACCAAACAUAGUCAGAAAAUUAAUGUACCACCCUGCCCCAAUGGAUCGAGACACCUGUAUGAUGGAUAUUCUCUUCUCUUCAUCCACGGCAAUAACCGUGGACACGGGCAAGAUUUAGGAACGCUAGGAAGCUGUAUGCAGAGGUUUUCAACAAUGCCUUUCGUGGUGUGUAAUCCUGACAACACCUGCCGCUAUGCCUCUCGAAAUGAUUAUUCAUAUUGGCUGUCUACAGACAAACCGAUAUCCAGCGACGAACCGUUUAUCUCUGGUGACAUACUGGAAGAGUACAUAAGCAGAUGUGCAGUAUGUGAAGCACCAGCUAAUGUUAUAGCAGUUCACAGCCAGACCACUGAAAUCCCACAAUGCCCUGAGGGAUGGCUGUCUCUGUGGAUAGGUUACUCCUUUGUAAUGGAAACAGGCGCAGGUGCAGAAGGUUCCGGGCAGUCGCUGGUCUCUCCAGGUUCGUGUCUGGAAGAGUUUCGGAGGAUUCCCUUUAUCGAGUGUCAUGGUCGUGGCACCUGUAACUUCUACCCGGAUUCUUACAGCUACUGGCUGGCGUCGCUUGACCCCGACAAUAUGUUCAGUGUACCGGUCCGUCAGACAACGCCACAACCAAACAUCAUCAGCCGUUGUCGGGUCUGUCUGAAGCUGUAACCCUGAGGUCAGAGGACAUGACCUUUAGAAGCAAACUAUUUUGUCUCUGGCCAAUGACAUAAACCAUCAACUAGGACAGUAUUUUCAUGAUGUAUGUAAAGUCACUUGGGUUUUGUAAAGCAGAACUAUUUAUUAUAAAGACAGUAUAGAUUUAGAGGACCAGUUCAGUGUUGAUAGAGAAAGACAUUUGAAGAUUUCUUCAGUGGCUCCUCCCUUGUCUCUCAAGCACUUAAAGAUGUGGCGUUUAUUCAAAAGUUUGCCGAGGUUCAUUUAAGUUCAUCCAGUUUUGCCAUUGAGACUACAUACUAAACUAUUUUGAAGAGGUUUUGUACUCUGCGGUGUGAAUGAUCUUUCAUUUGGUUAUAAAUAACCACAGUGUGAUUUGUGUAGACUGUAGGAAUAGCAAUAGAUUGCAGAAUCUACGUCUACAGAAACACUCCGAUGAAAAUAAUGAAUAAUGAAUUCAGCAUUCAAACAUUGACCAGUGAAUAGUUUAGCACUUUGAUUUUAGGUUGCUCAUAUUGAGUAAACACUGUAUAUUUAAUUCAAUAGUUUCAAAUUCAUUUAGAAAUUUAGAAAAGCUACGGUGAAAUAGUUGACCAAACUGCUAUAAAUAUUUUGUUAAUAUUCUUCAUCGAUCAUGAAAAACGAACACACUAUCUGUAAUGUCUUCUUGAUUAACAAUCUAUAAAUAUAGAUGUUCCAUAGUGUUACUAAUUUUAAAAACAAACAGUAACAAAUUACUUGUCGGAUUCUCAAUAUCCUGUCAUUGAUUAUUGAAAUAAUAAUCCUGAACUGAAAUUCAAUAGAUUCCCGCUGAAGACUCAUUGAAAGACUACUAUUAGAAAAGAUCAAUGUGAGCACAGCCUGAUUAUUUAGGGUAUACAUUUAGCAACAUUGUUUUCUACCUGUUUAAGUGUAGAAAUAUCCAAAUGUUGUAUUUCCUACAUGUAAUGCUUAUAGUGUAGAUCUACAUGUAGCUGUAGAGAUAUUUUUGAGAAUACGUUACUGGUGCAAGCUCAUUCGGAGUUAAAGGGACAGUUCACUUUAAAAUUAAAAUUCCGUCCUCAUCAACUCCCCCUCAAUUAGUUCAAAAUCUGUAUAAAUUUCUUUGUUCUGCUGGACACAAAGAAAGAUAUUUGAAAGAAUGUCCGAAACCAAACAGAUUUCAUCCUCCAUUUGCUCACAAAGAUGGGAAAAUAAAUACAAAGGGAGUCAUGGUGUUGAGAUCUGUUUGGUUACAUUUUUCCAAAUAUCUUCCUUUGUCUUAUACAGAUUUGGAACAACUUGAGGGUGCGUAAAUGAUGACAGAAUUGUCAUUUGGGUGAACUGUCCCUUUUUAUAGAAAACUUUUUUGAAAAGCAUGUUUGACUAAAGAAAAUGGGCCUACAGUAUGUGUGUUCUAUAGUAUAUUUAUGUUUUCAGGAAACACUAGUCGUAUUUCAAUCAGGAACUUUACCUUUUUUUAAAAGGCUGAUAAUGGUGAUAUUAGCCAUUUCAUUUCAAUUUCUCUUUUAUGCUUCUUGUGACAUAAUAUACAACAACCAUUAGGAGUGAAUAUCUAUUUGACAAAAACUGCCGUCUAUCUGCUGUGUUAAACAUCUUUGAUGAUCUCGGGUGUAGGUACAUUUCAUGUUUCUAUGACUGUAGUCAACAUUAAGAAGCAGGAUUGAUAGGAAGUAAAAAUGUAAUACAAUGUUUCUUACAAGUGACACUUAAACACAAAACAUGGCACUGACAUUUAUAACUUCAUCUUUAUGACUUAAGUGUGUAUAUUGGGGAACCUGUGCCAUUUGUAUUUAAAAUACUGUAGUGUUUUUUUUAAAUAAAGUCAAAUUUGUUUGUAGUUUAAUGUAAAUAUGGAAUUUUCUGUAGAAGAACAUAUUUAAUGCUGUAUCAUUAAGUCUCUGUAGCUACUUAGUUUUUUGUUUUUGUUGUGUAGUGCAAUUGCACUAAUUCAAUACAUAUUUUGGAUAAGAUAUGUACUGUGUGUAACCUAUACUUAAGAUGAAAAUAUGUUUUUUCAGCCUAUGAUAAGAAAUUACAUCAGGGACAUUUCAAGUCAAACGUUUUAUGUAAUUCUAAAACCCUUGUAACACGUUCAAGAUUUGUUUUUCAAAUUUAUUAUACUUUAUUUAAAGGGAUACUUCACACAAAGAAGAACAUUCUGUCAUCAUUUACUCACCUUCGAGUUGAUCCAAAUCUGUAUAAAUUAUGGCCCCCCAUUUACUACCAUAGUGGGAAAAAUACAAUGGUAGUCAAAAGUUCCCCAGAACUGUUUGCUGUCCUAAAUUCAUCAAAACGUCUUAUUUUGUUUAAAAAAGAAACUCCUACUAUGAAGGUCAAUGGGGGACAAAAUCUGUUUGAUUAUAAGCAUUUUUCCAAUUAUCAAAUUUGACACAGAUAUGGAACAACUGGAUGGUGAGUAAAUGAUGACCAAUUUUUAUGGUGAAGCAUCCCUUUAAUAUUAUCUGAAAAUACUGACCACAAGAUGUCAGAAUAGAGUCUUUUCAAAAGACCCAGUUCUGAAGUUUCUUAAAAAUUAUUUUUUUGUAAAGAAUUGUAGAGUCAACAUUGUCAAAAAGACAUUACUUUAAAUUGAAACUGACAUUUAAAGUGGCACAAAAUCAAAUCUGUUAAUGCUCAGAGAUAUUUUAACUCCCUCUUUUAACCACAGUGUCAAAAGUAAGUACUUGCUAGAAAUAUGUUAUAGAAUUUAAACACUUUUUUUAUGUAUAUAAGGAACAAUUUUUGUAUAUAUUGUAAUGACCUAGUGUGAGAAUUUGGGUUUUGCCUGUGUCCCACAUAUUAUGUGAAAUGUAUUGCAAUGAUUAUAUAUACAAAUUAUGUCUAAUCUUACUUGAGUUUAAGUGCUGACCAAGCUAACAGAAUGUUCAGAACAUCGUGCUGCCUUUUGGUAAUAAUAUUAAUGUACUUCUUAGAAAAUCUUAGAAUAAGGAACUAGCUCACGUGAAUAAUAUCAAUAUAGGUCUGGUAUGUUUCCAUGACAUAGCUUUCAAUUUCAUAUUUACUUCCUCAUUUAUGAUUAUAAGAAUUGGACAUAAAUUCAAUAAACUUUGAUCUCAGAUUGAACUGCA